CGCCUGGAGACCGCUGCGUCCACGGGCGUCGUUCCGAUUUUUGCGCAGGCUGAAAAGUCGGCCGCAUGUGAAAGGAGAGAAAGGAGCCGAAGCAGCCGAGUCUGAAGGCAGGUUCCUCUCGCUUCUAGACAAGAGGCGAGCGAGCCUGGCCUGGCACCGUGCGGCGUCGUUGCGUUUGCUUCCUGGAUGAAGCCCAGUCAUCGAUGGCGAGCUGAUGCACCACUGCUCUGUGAGUGACGACGCCGAGGAGCCUCGAAGCGAUGAGUACGACCGUUCCUCCGAAGCCCCCCCAAGUCCCAGUCAGCGACCCCCUCUACGAUCCUGAUGAAGGAUUACCCAGGAACAGCCCGCCUCUGGAGCCGCUCCGUCCUACGCUGCGACCGUCGCAGAGCCCGGAGCAACCCCAAUCUUCCUCGACCAGUCCUUCUCCUAGUCCUGGUCGCAGACGGCCGAAGCGCCGUUACAAGCCGAAGCCAGGCUGGGGCGAUGCGAUCCUGAUCAGUCAUCUCGACGGACACAGGCGCGAGACUGCGGCCUACGCCAAUAUCGAUUUCUUAUCGUCGGAGUCUGAGGAUUCAGAGGACUCUGGAAUGCACGAAGAGUCUGUCUCUUCAGGCCGUGACGGCUCACCCGAUAGGCAAUCAGUGGGCGGGGGGAAAUCUCGCGCCAGACCAAGCGGGGCUCACAGAGAAGCAUCCGGGAUCCAGAAAAUGCCUUCGGGCUCCCGUAGCCAGGAGGAUAUGGGCGCCUUCGACCUGAAAUCUCUGGCCGCCGACGCCCUGGCUGUGGUCAGCGACCCGCAGCCGCCUCCGGAUGCCGGUCCAACCCCGCCCGUCACGGAUAACGAUGUUGCGCACCCAGCACCCGCUCCUAUGGCGCUACACACAAGGCGAGCAGAACCGCUGAAGGACGAUCGGCAUGCCGCACCCUCGAUGCCUUCUCCUUAUAGCCCUCGCAGCCUCUAUUCGCCGCGUGACACCGGGGCCACGCCGUCGUCCUCGCAACUGGACGUGAAGUCGCCUACCGCCAGCAUACCCUCGGGCGGCCACGGCGAGGGCCUGCCGCCCAUUCAGCUCAAUUCGCCGAGAUACGAAGCCAAUGGACAGACCCUACCCUCCAUCAGAUCCCAGCUCGGGGACAUUCAACAUCUGAGCAGCAAUCCCGCAGCAGGAACUGGGUCAAGGCCUCCACAUCACGGUUUUCCUGGGUCCCCGCCGGCUUCAAUGCCUCGUCUGCCGUCUUUCCAGGGCCAUCUCGUGUCGCCUCCGAUGCCGCCAGGCGAGCCAUACCGCGAUCCGCUGUCUCCGGGCCAACCGCUCCCGGGCCGGAUGAUGAGCCCCGGAUACUACUACGCCCAGACAAACGGCCUCUCUCGGCAGCGCGAGUACGCAGGCAGCUCCACGGAAGUUCCUGGAUCUAACCCUCCAGGAUCAGCGACAGCAGCGUCAGGACGCGACAAGAUGAGCAUUGACGGUCUCACCAUACAAAGCGGGACUUAUGUCUGCAAGGUUCCCGGCUGCACCGCGCCACCUUUUCAAACGCAGUACUUGCUCAAUUCGCACGCAAACGUGCAUUCGUCUGCAAGACCCCAUUAUUGCCCUGUCCCGGGCUGCUCCCGCGGAGAAGGUGGUAAAGGAUUUAAGCGGAAGAACGAAAUGAUAAGGCACGGUCUCGUCCACAAUUCCCCUGGCUACGUCUGCCCGUUUUGUCCCGAUAGGGAGCACAAGUACCCGCGGCCAGACAAUCUCCAGAGGCAUGUCCGGGUACACCAUAUGGACAAGGAUAAGGACGACCCUCUAUUACGCGAAGUUCUUGCGCAAAGACCUGGCGGGCCGAGUCGCGGCCGCAGAAGGAGAGGCGGUCCAGGUUAACUUGACGGCCUGUCUUGCCUGUUUCGGCCCUGCUUCGGCCCUUCGUUUGGCCUUUUCUCUGCACAUAUAUUCUGUUCCUUUUGCCGGCCUG